AGUACUGUAUUCUUCUGCACUCAUCUUGUGUGCUCGAGGCAGCGAGGCUAAGCACAGAAAUUCGAAUCAAAAUCAUGCCGGGGUCUGGCGCCACAAACAACAAAAAAGGUGGCAACAUCAAGCCACCGGCAAUGAAAGCGGUCACGGUGAAAGGGAAGAAGGUGGAAACAAAGAAGCUCGGCAAGAAAAAAGAUCCCAGUGGUACUAGUACCGUCAUGAAGAAGCAAAACGCCAUGAAGGCAUCGUCGUCCGCGGUGGUUACGCCUGCCACGAAGAAGAAGAAGAAGUCCGCCCCCGCGGCUAAGGCGACUGUGAAGAAGAAACGCGCUGCCUCGAAAGCCAAUAUUUCGAAAGCCAAUGCUUCGAAAGCCGACGCUUCGAAAGCCAAUGCUUCGAAAGCCAACGCCUCGAAAGCCAAUGCCUCGAAAGCCACUGCCUCGAAAGCCAAUGCCUCGAAAACGAAAACCAGCACCGCGAAGGACAGUGCCGCAAAAGUCAACGCCCCGAAAGGCAAUACCUCUUCGGUCACUUUCUCCGUGAAAAAGUCGACCGCGAAGAAUUCGACUCCCGCGAAUGCCAUGAAAAAAGCACACGAUAGCGGAAAACGGCAGAAAAAAGAGGAAAACUCAGCUGUGCUUGAUGUCAAGCACUCAACAUCUGUUGGUGUUGCGAAUGAGGAAAAAGCGGAUGCGGCCGUGAAAUACAAAUACGUGGUUUACCAAGGGGAGAUGCGGACAUACGUCGAGUUCGGUGAUUCUGACAGCGAACUAGAAGAUUCUUCUGGAUGGGAGCCUGACGAGACUGACGUACGCAUGGUAUACACCUCGGAGGACUGCGGCGCGCAAAAGUUUUGGAAUAAGAUCGACGAACUGUGUGCCUGCAUCAAAGAAGACUAUGGCCACGGCGACGAGUACGAGCAAGAUUAUAUGGCCGAAUACGACGCUCGCUUCACUUGGCAAUCGCAAGUCGCAUACAAGGUUGGCAAAAACAAGGACUCUUCAUCCAAGAUCUUCGGCGAAGCUUCGGGUGAAGAAAAGCGUCACUGGAGCGGAAUAGGACCGUGUUCGUUCGGUGUUCCCUCGGACUACGACCCAGAAAAGUGGAACAAAGGAAUGCCUCAAGACGCAACGCUGGUUUACAAGUUUGUCUGUUCCUUUCCACCCGGCGAGGAUCAAGAAGUCACAAAAUUUCAAGCAGGAUUCAUUAGACCUUUUUCUUUUUAGAGAUUAUACUAUAAUAACGUGCGCCGUUCCUUAAUCUUCUCAAAGACAGCAAAGUAGAUCCUGCUAUAAAUUCAAAAAUUGGUUCUUGUUUGUUUGUACUGGCAGUAGGCCAGCAUCAUGCGAAAUGAAAAAGCAAACAAUUAUUCUUACAGGUUGCCACGGUUCUCGGGAUGAUGCCGUACUGUUACGGAACCUUCCUGCCUUGGAAUUUAAGGGGCUAUUGGCCGUUGCAGCAAGUUCUAGUUUACGGCACAGAGCGACUGCAGACAACCCAUUGCCUACCCGCACAAGACGAGAAGUUUUUCAAAGAUGUGUGGGAAUUUUUCCAUGAACGCAUUCCGGCUCCUACGUCAGGUUCUGCCUCAACGCCUCUUGUGGUCUGGGAUGAUCCUGCAGAUUUGGUGCCGCGCACCUAUGACACCCAGGACCGUAUCACAAUUAAGGCCAAAGUUUCAGACAGCGCCCGUCGCAUUCAUGAGCAGCGAUGCCGCAUUGGAAUGGUGGCAGAGUAUCUGUUCCAAAGUCAGAAGACGGUGCAUGAAUUCGGGCCUAUUGCUUUUGACGAAAUUGCUUAUGGUACACAUUUUUUUUUUAUUUGAAGAAAGCCAAUUAGUAUACAUAGAAAAUAAAAAAGAACAAGGACGUUGUUCAAGUCGAUUUUGUUGUUUUCACUCCUACGGUUUCAGUUUCUCCGCACGGGAAAUUUUGGACCCGCGCUUGAUGGAUUUGAAAAAGGCUUCACGAAACGCAUACGCGAUUGAUAUUUCGACGUUUUUUGUGGGCUGACUAACUGAAGCAAGUAUUUUAUGAUUGAAUCAGUCUAGUAACUCGUGACGAGGGAAGCAAACAAGAUUAUCUUAAAUAUAAACACUAUAUCAAUGCACAGGUUAUUGCCUGAAUACCGGUCCGCGAGAAAAACUGGACCUGGAAAACAAGGCCGAGUAUUGGUACUGGCCGGAAAAAGCCAUGUUGAAGCGGAGACCGCACUCCUGCACCCAGCCGCUAGUUCAUCCGCAGUGGCACAAGAUCUUCCGAGCUGAGUUUUACCGACGCGCGUCAUUCUGGAGAAAUAGGUCGAACGGUUCGGGACCGAAGUGGAGCUACUUGCAUUUCCGCUGGAAUUGGAUCGUAUCUCGGCUGAAGUCGCAUUAUGAUCAGAGCGCUAAUCGCAUGGAAUUUCCCUCUCUUCCUAUUGGUUUUGUCUACGACCCCUGGAGCUUCGACCCAAAAAACGACAAGCACGUAAAAGAAGAGUUUCACGACCUGCAGCAGGAGAUCCGGCUGCCUGGUGAAGUUCAUACAGCACCGACCGGUGCCCCUUCUGUAUCGUCAUCCCCUGUGACGUAUCUGCCCCUUCUGUAUCGUCACCUCUCACUGAGAGGUGGCCGGACACCAGAAAGUUCAAGUGCCCCGGCAGCGCACGAAACGACCCACAGUGACGAAAACCGAUCGGCGCAAGAACGAACUGCACCCCGAGGAAGCGAAGAAGAAAUGCAGACUGAAACUAAUGACCGUCAACAUGCGCAAGAAGGAGACAACCCUGCUGCUGCCAGCUCCGCUUCACAGGAGGAUCAGCAAGGCGAAGGACCGCGUCGUUCGCCUGAUCCUCCGGAAAGUGCUGACCUGUCACAAGCGAGUCGUAGUUCCACCGAACAACAAUUGACCAGCACCAGCAGUGCUGAAAGCCAGGUGGCGCAACGAAGGACAGCAGAAGGCGAGCAAGGAAACCAGUCGGAAACCAGCCUUCAUGAUCAUGAGCAACCCGAAGGCCAAGAACUUCUACACUCUGCCGCCACAAGUGUUGCGCAGGAGAUGCAGCAGCAAGACGGGGUGCAGCAAUACAGACACGAUAGCCAACCGGAAAAUCGAACAGAAAGCUGCGAAGACCUUUUUCUUGAGGUCUUGCGUGAAAGGGUUGGAGCAAAGCUACCCGAGGAUUAUUGGAAUAGGCAGAUAGACAUGGGGGUCGAUUACCUAGAACAUUUCCUUCUCGAAAUGGAUCGGAACCAAAAUGCUCGGACACUUCAUCCGCCAGAGAGAACCACGUCUCCAGGGGGGAAACAGAAGCAGGAUUGGACCGUAUUUAGAUACUUCAUAAAAUACCUUGAUGGACUGCAAUCUGCUUACCUUUUUACCAGCAUUGCAUCGCAUUUCAUUGUACUGUGUGUCUUUUUGCUUUUGCUUUUGGCAACGCCAGAAGUUAAGUAUCGCAUUGUUAAGAAAGUUUUGUGCGAUUACUAACUACGGUUUCCUUCGAAGAAGGAUGUGACAGGCUCUCAUGUCAAUCUAUUGUGUAUCCUCACCACUAGGUUUACCUCUUGAUGACGAUGGCGACAGAAACAUGUGGGCCCACAGUGCCACAUCGGCGCGCGGAUACUACCAACAAGUGGCUCCUGUACAGCUCGAAAGCUCUCGCCACGGGUUGUCACAGAAACGAUCGAACUUUCUUUCGCGAGGUCCUAGACUUUUUUCACGAGGACGUGCCGGUCCACAGAACCAGAAGAUCUAUCUUUUAUGACGAGGCUUCUCGAACGAGAAACGCAGUCAAAGGCAGUGGUGGUCUGGAAUCCGCCUAA